AGAUAAUCAAAAGUUUGAUCCAAAAUGUUUUAGAAAUAACCCCCACUUGAUACUUUAAUAUUCAAUUCAAUUAUAUGGCUGAGAAUGCAGCAUUUCUCUCCCUUGUAUUUUUCGCAAUCUGAAUUUUUGGCACCAAAAAUCCCGACACUUUCAGACUCACUCAGCUCAGCAACUCCAUCUCCGACCUUUUUCUCUCUUCACCCACUCUUUCUCACCGCCGUAGCUCAGCCUGCUGACAGAGAGGAUGUCAAUUAUCACUACUUCACCUCGCUACACUUUCAACCUACCGAAGUCACAAGAUCAUUUCAGAAAUAACCCAGAAAAAUUCAGCCAAUUUCAGGUGAACCCAUUUCAAUUUCACUUCUGUAGGUCACAAUCCCACACAAUUUGUAGCAAAAGUAAUAAAUUAGUGUACCCAAUCACUGCUUCAAAUUGUAGCAGUACUGUAGUAGAACAAUCUCCUAAAAACCAGUUAUUUAGAAGCAAAAAUCCUAAGGAUAUUAAUGUAUUGAUUGUAGGUUCAACUGGGUACAUUGGCAAAUUUGUUGUAAAAGAGUUGGUUAAGAGGGGUUUUAAUGUGAUUGCUGUUGCUAGAGAGAAAAGUGGGAUUAGAGGUAGAUAUGGUAAAGAAGAGACUCUUAGUCAAUUGAAUGGUGCUAAUGUGUGCUUUUCUGAUGUUACUAAUUUGGAUGAUUUGGAGAGGAAUUUGGUAAAUUUCGGGGUUGAUUCGAUUGAUGUUGUGGUUUCGUGCCUAGCGAGUCGAAACGGGGGGAUUAAAGACUCUUGGUUGAUUGAUUAUGAGGCUACUAAGAACAGUCUUCUUGCUGGAAAGAAAUUUGGGGCUGUUCACUUUGUGUUGCUUUCUGCAAUAUGUGUGCAGAAACCCCUUUUAGAAUUUCAGCGCGCCAAGUUGAAAUUCGAGGCGGAAUUGAUGCAGGAAGCUGAGAGAGAUGAGGGGUUUAGUUAUAGCAUUGUGAGGCCUACCGCGUUUUUUAAGAGUUUGGGAGGGCAGGUUGAGCUUGUGAAAGAUGGCAAACCUUAUGUAAUGUUUGGGGAUGGGAAAUUGUGUGCUUGUAAACCAAUGAGUGAACCUGAUUUAGCUUCGUUUAUUGCGGAUUCUGUCUUAGAUGAAGAUAAGAUUAAUCAGGUUUUGCCGAUUGGAGGGCCAGGGAAAGCACUUACGCCAUUAGAGCAAGGAGAGAUGUUGUUUAAACUUUUGGGAAAGGAGCCAAAAUUUAUAAAAGUUCCCAUUGAGAUCAUGGAUUUUGCUAUUGGUGUACUUGAUUUCCUAGCUAAGGUUAUCCCAUCUUUGGAAGAUGCUGCGGAGUUUGGAAAAAUUGGGCGAUAUUAUGCUGCUGAGAGUAUGCUGGUUCUGGAUCCUGAAACUGGAGAAUACAGUGCUGAAAAAACUCCAAGCUAUGGUGGAGACACUUUGGAAGAGUUUUUCCAGAAGGUCCUUAAAGAAGGUAUGGCCGGCCAAGAGUUGGGGGAGCAGACAAUAUUUUAGUUGUUUUGGGAUCCUUCAACUUUAAUGCUUUGUUACAUAUAAAUGUACAUCCUGUUCUUACCAUUCGUAUAACUAUAUGCAUUUGUAGUGAUAUAAAUUUUUGACUGAGUGACUAUUUUGUAUUGCAUGGCCUUGAUGAUACUUAGACCUUUUCA